AUGCUUGUACGUCUUUUUCAUGCACUUAAACGAUUAGCUAGCUUCACAGUUUUCGCCUUCUUGGUUCUUUCAGCGUACGCAUACCUUUUCAUGCUGCUUUUCAAGGAAUGCAAGGGAGCGGGAUUGAGCGAUUCAGCCAACUUCAAUAUAGACUCCUGGCUGAAUAUUCCCUCUGACAGCGAAUCGGAAGAGGUUAACCAACCAAUCCUUACAAACUCUGCACAUUCGAAUGACGGAAGAGACCACCAUUCACUCAUUCAGCCCAAGAGCACAGAUGGACACGCAUCUGUCCCUCCUGAUAAUUCAGCAUAUGAACAAAGUAAAGCAGGCUUGCAAUUGGAUAAGAAGCGUAAGAGAGGUGAGACUCUAGAAGAGUUCAAAGAAAAGAAACGCAUUUGGAACAAAAUUUACAGAGAAAGGGUCCGAAAGGAUCCAAAAGCUCAUGCUAAAUGCAAAGCAAAAAAGCGCUUAGCAUCACAAUCUUUAUGGUCUCAGAUCAAAUCAGAUCCUAUACGACAUGAAAAACACAAAAAAGAUUAUGCAGAAUACAGAAAGAAACUGAACGCCAGAAAGAAUGCCGGCCAAUAG